CACAGUGUAAGCUGAGCUUUGCUUGCUGAGGAUCAGUUCAGUCUUUGUCUGUUGUCAUCCAUGACGAUGGGAUCUGACGACGACUCGAAAGGGACGAACCCCGAAAACACGGGUGACCUUUGAACCUGGGAGACACAACACGGUGUGAUGGAUGUCGUGGAUCCGUCUCCACUGCGUCAUUUUGUCGUAGCGAAGCGUUCGAUCACCUCCAUCUUUGAUCAGCUGCUGGACUUUGUGAAGGACGGAUCUGCCUUUGUGGAUGAGGCAUGGCGGAGUGAGGACCCGGGCCCGGUGGCCGUGGAGCAGCAGAGUGUGGAGAUGCAAAGCUGCGCCUCCAAACUGUCGACGAUCAGAGACGUUCUGCUGCGGAGACACAUGAAGGUGGCCUUCUUCGGCAGGACCAGUAACGGCAAAAGCACCGUGAUCAACGCCAUGCUGAGAGAGCGAGUGUUGCCGAGCGGCAUCGGUCACACCACCAACUGCUUCCUGCGCGUCGAAGGAACCGACGGAGACGAAGCUUACCUCACCACCGAGGCGUCCAAUGAGAGGAGCAGCGUCACUACGGUGAACCAGCUCGCUCACGCUCUGCACAUGGAUCCAACUCUGGACUCUGGCAGCCUGGUCAAAGUGUUCUGGCCCAAAAGUCGCUGCGCUCUGCUGAGAGAUGACCUGGUGCUCAUGGACAGCCCUGGGACCGAUGUGACCCUGGAGCUGGACAGCUGGAUCGAUAAGUUCUGUCUGGAUGCCGACGUCUUCGUCCUGGUCGGAAAUGCAGAGUCGACGCUGAUGAACACGGAGAAACUUUUCUUCCACAAAGUCAGUGAGAGAAUUUCCAAACCAAAUAUCUUCAUCCUGCACAACAGAUGGGACGCGUCAGUGACAGAGCCCGAGUACAUCGAGGAGGUGAGGAAGCAGCACCUGGACCGCUGUGUGAGUUUCCUGGCGGAGGAGCUGAGGGUGGUCGGACUGGACGAGGCUCCGGGGAGGAUUUUCUUCGUCUCAGCUAAAGAGGUUCUGAGCUCUAGGACGCAACGAGCGCAGGGCAUGCCUGAGACAGGUGAGACAGGUGAGACAGGUGAGACAGGUGGCGCUCUGGCUGAAGGUUUCCAGGACAGGCUGCGAGAGUUCCAAAGGUUUGAGAGGACGUUUGAGGAGUUCAUCUCUCAGUCUGCAGUGAAGACAAAGUUUGAGCAGCACACGGUCAGAGCCUGGCAGAUCACCGAUGCCAUCAAGGCCGUGAUGGACGCCAUCAACAUCGCCUCCGCCGACAGGAAGAUCUGCUGCCUGGAGCAGAGAGAGGACCAGAGAGACCGGCUGGAGGUCGUCAGAGGUCAAAUCAACCGUCUGAGCGACGACGUCAGAGACAAGAUCAAGACCCUGACUGAUGAUGUCACUGCCAGGGUGACCUCGGCUCUGUCAGAUCAGAUCCGUUCACUUCCUGUCCUGGUGGAAGAGUUCAGGGCCGGCUUCACCCCGACACAAGAAACUCUGCAGCUCUAUAAGACUAAGCUGCAGCAGCACGUGGACGAGCGGCUCGUCGGAGGUUUGGCUCAUCGCUGCUCCGUCGGCGUCUUCAGGGACGUGACUGACGCCCAGAGACACAUGAUCGACAGCGUCCGUCCUCUGUUGUCUCCGUCCGUCCAGGAGCAGCUGUCCGCUCCCUCCGCCUCCUUCCAGCUGACCUACGACCUCGGCCUCGCCGCCCUCUGUGCAGACUUUCGUGAGAACAUCGAGUUCCAGUUCUCUCUGGGCUGGACCGCCCUCGUCACUCGCUUCAUCGGAGUCGCCAACGCCAAGCGAGCGCUGAGCGGCGGUGCCGAGCCACGACCGCAGGACGCCUCGUCCUUCAGGGAUGAGGUGGUGGUUUCCAUAGCGACGGGCCUGGUUUCCGCGACGUCCCGAGCAUCCAUGACGGUGCUGGUGAUCGGUGGAGUGGUGUGGCGUUCUGUGGGCUGGCGUCUCAUCGCUCUCUCCCUCUCACUGUACGGUCUCCUGUACCUGUACGAGAAGCUCACCUGGACCGACGGCAGCAGGGAGCGCGUUCUGAAGCAGCAGUUUGUGGAGCACGCCGCCCACCGCCUCAGAGCCAUCAUCCCUGUCACCAGCUCUUUCUGCAGCCAGCAGGUUUACAAGGAGCUGUCGGCCACGUUCAGUCGUCUGAGUCAGAGAGUCGACCUGAGCGACGCCGAGCUGGAGGGAAACAUCCGCCAGCUGAGUGUCAGGAUCCAGAGACUGGAGAACAUCCAGAGGAGGUCAAAGGCCUUCAGGAACCGAGCCUCGGAGCUGGAGUCUCAGCUGGAGAACUUCUCUGUUCAGUAUCUGCAGUGAAACAGAAGAACGGCGCCUCCUGCUGACAGGAUCCUUCAUCAGCUGACCUGCCGUCAGAACAGAUGAUGUCAUAUUCACAUACACUGAUGUGUAAAAGUAUCAAGUCUGAUAAAAACACUGAAAUUGAGCUGAUAUAAGUAGAGUUCUUGUGAGGUACUCAGUUACUUGACAUCAGUUCACAGUUCAGAGGUCGUAGGUCAUCAGUUCACAGUUCAGAGGUUGUAGGUCAUUGGUCCACAGUAGAAACCUGUACAAGGUCCUUAGAGGUCAUGGUCGUCAGAGGAAAUGAAAUCAAAGUCAAAUCUAAUGAGUUUGUUGGAAGUUUGGUUUAUUUUGUGAUUCACAGACUCUAUUUACCAGCUGAAGAAGAAACUCAAUAAAUUACUUUGUUCAAUGUG